AGCCGAAGGAGAACCGUCCGUUAGCAUUCGGGGCAUCGAGACGCAUGCUGCUGCGAAUUCGGCGCGACUUCGCUCGUAUCGUGGGAACUUCGUUUUCGUCGAACGAUCUGCUCGAUGUCGGGGCCUCGACGUGCGCGCCCGUCCGUCCGAGGACGUCCGACGACGGACCGCGAGGAUCCGUCUCGCGUACCCUACCUUCACGUCGAACGCGAGAAGAGAGAGUCGCGUGCGGUUUCCGCGACGAAGAACGACGUCGUCGGAGCGAGUACGAGCGACCUCUUUCGACGUCCCGUACAGGAUUCAUCGGAGAAGAGAUCUGGAAUCCGAACACUCCGUUGAACGAAGACUGCCUGUAUCUGAACGUCUGGGUGACGGAGAAGGUGCAGAAUUCCGGCACGAAGGACGCGCCCGUCAUGGUUUGGAUCUACGGAGGAGGAUACAUGAGUGGGACUUCCACGCUCGAGAUCUACGACGGUGCCAUCCUUGCGGCUUCGCGAGACGUCAUCGUCGCUUCCAUGAACUAUCGAGUCGGUGCUUUCGGCUUCCUCUGCUUCGGCGUUCCGGAGGCUCCGUGCAAUCAAGGACUCUGGGAUCAAGCCAUGGCUCUCAGGUGGAUCCAGGAUAACAUCGAGCAUUUCGGAGGGGACUCGAGGAAGGUGACCGGAUUCGGAGAGAGCGCCGGAGGAGGGAGCGUGAGCACUCUGCUUCUCUCCCCGGCCACGAGACAUCUGCUCCGCCGGGGGAUCCUGCAGAGCGGCACCAUCAACGCACCGUGGAGCUACAAGACCUUCGACGAAGAACGACACGCGUCUGCCGAUCUGGUCCGGACGUCGAGUUCCGAUGCGCGCAAGCGACGGACGACGGCACGACCGAUCGCGAAACGCGAGAGAGAGAGGAACCCCGUCGGAAGUUCACCGAUGCGUUCCGUCGAUUUUCAGGUGAUGGACUUCCCCUUCGCACCGACCGUGGACGGAGAUCUCCUGCCGAAGCAUCCGGUCGUCAUGCUUCAAGAAGGGGAUUUCUCGAACGUCGAACUCAUCGUCGGUUCGAACAGAGACGAAGGAACCUACUUCGUCUUGUACGACUUCAUCAACGCUUUCAACAAGGACGAUCCGUCGCUCCUGACGCGAGAUCAAUACCUCGCCAUCAUGAGCGAGAUCUUCAAGCAGAUGAGUCCCAUCCAGAAGGAAGCCAUCAUCUUUCAGUACACGGAUUGGGACUACAUGGACAACGGGUUGAAAAACCAGAAGAUGAUCGCCAGCGCCGUGGGCGAUUAUUUUUUCGUGUGUCCCUCGAAUUUCUUCGCUCAGCAAUUCGCACUCGGAGGAGCUACGGUCUACUAUUAUUACUUCACGUGGGUGAGUCUUUCGUCGGAACCGGGGGUUAAGGGGGUUAGGGGGGGUCAGGGGAGUCAGGGGGGUCUGGGGGGUCGGAACCGCUGCGACGUCCUCCGCCUUCCGUUGCAGAGAACGAGCUCCAAUCCGUGGGGAAGGUGGAUGGGAGUGAUGCACGGAGACGAGAUCGACUACGUGUUCGGGGUCCCCUUCAAUCGAUCUCGGAACCAUCUCCCGAUCGAGAGGGCCUUGAGCGAACGGAUCAUGACGCACUUCGCCCGUUUCGCCGAGACCGGGAGUCCCGCGAAGGACGAGCCGGAGUGGCCCCCUUACACGCGGUCGGAGCCCAAGUAUUACGUCUUCGACGCCGAGAAGAGAGGCCUCGGCAGCGGACCGAGGGCCUUCGACUGCGCCUUCUGGAACGAAUUCAUGCCCCAUCUCGGCCGGCAGGAACACGCCCUUCCAGGGUGCGGCGAGCGUCCGCGGAUCCUCGCUUCCGUCGCGGCGGAGCCGUGCGAGCGAGGCCUGCGGUCGCCGACCCGUCGCGCGUCGUCGGAAAGGGUCGAAACGAGUCCUUUCUGGGGGUGCUUCGCUUUCGCCCGCGUUCUCGUCUUGCCACCCGACCCGAGGCACGAGCGCUUCCCCACCGCGACGGAGAGCGGCAACGCCGGAAGACCGCAUCUCGACGGAGAAGAG